AUGGCCAACUCCGCAGAUCAAGCAGCCGGCGCCCCACGGAAAAGGCAGCAUCUGCAAUGGUCGGAAGCAGAUACGCGGAGCCUAAUCAGACUCUGGGAGGACAACCUGCACUCGUUGCGAGCGCAGAAGCACAACGACGAGGUGUACGCCAGCAUCGCGGCUGUGCUCACAAGUGCGGGUGUCUCCCGCACGAAGGACCAAGUGCACACGAAAAUAGAAAAUCUGACACACACCUACAGGAAAUGCCUUAAAGAAAAGGCAACGGGCUCGUCCCCACCAAACUGGCCCUUUUUUGUAGAGAUCCAUAAGUUUCUUGGAAGCCUGCCCGUGAACGACCCCUCUUAA